GACUUGCGGAAGAUCUAGACAUUUGUUGAGAGAAAAGUUUUGAAUAAAUCUUAAUCACUUUCACUCAAAAAAGAAACGACAAAUUCUCCUUCCCUCCAUUCCGCCGCCGAAUUCAGUCGCCGCCGACCAUUUUUCUGCGCCAUGGAGAGAGAGAAACAAGAAAGCUUCAAAGUCCUCAUGUUCCCAUGGUUAGGUCAUGGACACAUAUUCACAUACCUCGAACUCGCCAAACGCCUCUCAAAAACACACCACUUCACCAUGCACCUAUGCUCGACCGCUGUCAACCUUGAUUCAAUCAAAUCCAGCAUCUCGCCCGAAGAUGCUGCUGCUGCAUCAGUUGAACUAGUAGAGCUGCACAUGCCAUCUCUUCCUCAUCUCCCUCCCCACCUCCACUCCCCCAGGAAUCUCCCCUCCCAUCUUAUCCCAACCCUUAUGAAAACCUUUCAAGAAUCAAGCUCUAGCUUCUCAGAUAUCAUGGAUUCUCUAAAGCCGGAUCUUGUCUUAUUCGACGUAUACCAACCAUGGGCGCCCAAGAUCGCGUCAUCCAAAGGUGUACCCUGUGUACACUUCUCGACCCCUGGAGCAACGGUGUUGUCUUACCUCCACCAUUUAUAUACAGUAGGUAGUAGCGCCUCCUUCCCAUUUCCAGCUAUAAGUCAGCCGGAUGAAUAUGUGCUCAGGCAGGUAGCUCUUGUCGCAGAAAAUUUGAAGGACGCAGAUGAUGAUUUUUUAUUCGGAAAUUUGACAAGAUCAACAGACAUAGUCUUGUCAAGGAGCUCAAGGCAUGUUGAAAAGAAGUAUGCAGACUAUCUCUCUGCUUUGAGCAAAAAGGAGAUAGUAUGCACUGGCCCCUUAAUCGUUGCUGAUCCUAACAGGCACGAGGAUAUCGAGAUCAUGAAAUGGCUAAAUGGGAAGAAUCUUGAUUCUACCAUAUACAUCUCCUUUGGCAGUGAAUGCUUUUUAUCCAAGAAGCAGAUUGCAGAAAUAGCAAAAGGGCUGCAGCUUUGUGAUGUUAACUUUCUGUGGGUGAUCAGAUAUCCUGCUGAGGAGGCGGGCACGGGCAUCAGAUUGAUUGAAGAAGAACUGCCUGCAGGGUUUCUCGAAACAAUGAAGGACAGAGGGUUGGUUGUGACUGGCUGGGCGCCACAGAAGAAGAUUUUAGGCCAUCCGAGUAUAGGUGGUUUUGUGAGUCAUUGUGGAAGGAGUUCAAUGACAGAGAGCAUGUAUUUUGGGGUCCCGGUUAUAGCCACGCCCAUGAAAGUUGACCAGCCUUUCAAUGCUCAAUUAAUGGCGGAGCUCGGUGUUGGUUUGGUUGUCGAAAAGGAUCAUGAAAAUGGAGUGUAUGCGGGAGAGGAGGUCGCCAAUGCAAUCAAUAAGGUGAUGGUGGAGAAGAAUGCGCUGUAUGAAGGUCUGAGGAGCAGAGCUCGGAGAUUGAGUGAGACGUUGAGAGAGAAGGAAGAAGAAGAGUUGAAUGAAGUAGCUGAGCAGCUAUUGAAGAUUUGUGUCAAGAACAAGAAAUAAGUGUGGCAAACUGUUUGUAGUUUAUCAAUUGUGUGUUAUGAUUGAAGGUGUUCUUGCUGUUCUGUACUGUUCAGGAUGAAUUGCAAUAAUAUGUCUGUUUCUGUCAGUUGUCAGAUUCUUAA